AUGGCGGCGACGGACUUCUUCUGCGUGAACGAGUGCAAGGGGCAGAAGACGAUCGACGGCGAGCAGGUGCCCCUGGUGCUGGCUCCUUCCGGCGGCGGCGACGCCAAGAGCAACGGGUACGAGGCGCUGGUGGAGGCGGUGAAGGCGAACCGGGAGUGGGUGGAGGCCAAGGUGGUGGCCAACAGCGGCCUCCUGCUGCGCGGCUUCGACGUGCGCGACGCCGCCGAGUUCAACGCCGUCGUCGAGGCGCUGGGGUGGCCGGACAUCCGCUACGUCGGCCCCGCCCCCCGCACGCACGUCCACGGCCGCGUCUGGACCGCCAACGAAGGCCCCCUCGAGGAGUUCAUCUACUACCACCACGAGAUGGUCCUGAUCAAGGAGUUCCCAGGGAAGGUGAUCUUGUUCUGCGAGGUGCCGCCGCCGUCGGGCGGGGAGACGCCGUUCGUGCCGAGCUUCCGCGUGACGGAGCGCGCGCUGGAGGAGUUCCCGGAGCUGGUGGAGAAGCUCGACGAACAGGGCCUCCGGUACACCUUCACGGCGCUGAGCAAGAACGACACCAAGUCGAUGCGCGGGCGCGGGUGGGAGGACGCCUUCGCGACCUCCGACAGGGGCGAGGCCGAGAAGCGGGCGCGGGCGCUGGGCAUGGACGUGGAGUGGCUCCCCGACGGCGGCGUGCGCACCAUCCUCGGCCCGCGGAAGCUCACGCGUGUCUUCCCGGGGCGCAAGGGACGCCGCAUGUGGUUCAACACGGUGGUGGGGAUGCACGGCAAGGAGCUCAGCUCCGCCACGCUCGCCGACGGGUCAGAGAUCCCCGCCGACUUCGUGCGCCGGUGCGGCGAGAUCAUCGAGGAGGAGAGCAUCCAGUUCCGGUGGGAGAAGGGGGACAUCCUCAUCCUCGACAACCUCGCCACGCUCCAUGGACGCCGCCCAUCGCUGCCGCCGCGCAGGGUGCUCGUCGCCACCUGCAAGUGAUCGAAAGAUGCAUAUGCAUGAUGGACAUGCAUGGAGUCGAUCUCCGUCGCCGUCGCCGGCCGGCGCAGAUGCUGAGCUACACCCACACUCCUCGGUCGUCGUCCAUGUUGUGUUGGUGUCAAUUAGUCCGCUGCAAUAAUAAAGAUAUAAGAUUCUUGUUACUAUAUUACGUAUUAGGUUGUGUUGAGGAGCGUCGGCAAUCUAUCGAUCGUCAUGCUGUAGCUGUACACCCUGUUAAAUGGCAAUUGGCAUGCCAUGUGUGAUGUUGUAAGCUAUUCUACUAUGGAUUCUUCUUUUGAGUAAAGUGAGCAUGCAUAUGAAUGCAGCCAUUAUAAAUUUAUU